AGCAUCAUAUACGCUGUGACCGAGUGCAUUUGAUGAUAUCUAUCGAAAAAUUUUUUUAAAAAGUAUUAAUAAGUAAUAAUAUCUUAAUAAUUUAAUUUCAUACACACAUAAUAGUAAUUUUUGUAUUUAAAAUGGUUUUUACAACCGCUAUGAUGAUGGUUAGAAGCAGAGGUCCUGAUGAGUUUUGGAGAAAAAGAAAGAUAUUUAAAAUCGCUGCUCAUUUUUCUGGUCGUAGGAGAAAUUGUUAUUCAAUUGCCAUAAAGGCUGUUCACCGUGCUUUGCAGUUUGCUACUAUAGGACGUGAUUUAAAAAAAAAAGACAUGGGACAAUUAUGGGAUACUCGCAUAAAGGCAGGUUGUGAAGAACAUGGUAUUGACUUACCUACUUUUAGAGAAAGCCUUUCAAGGUGUGAUGUACAGUUAAAUAGAAAAGUAUUGGCUGAUCUUGCCAUUUGGGAACCAAGUUCAUUCAAGGCACUUUCUGAGCUAGCCAAAUCUAUUGCCAUUAGUUAUGAAAUGCCACAAGCUAAAAUACUAAAGCCUUCUGCAACUGUUGUAACCCGAGAUUUACUAUUGAAAUAAAUAAAAUAAUACUAUUUUAUAGUCUGAAAUUAUAUAAAACUUAUUUUGUAGAAAACCAAUAUAAUAUUAGUAAAAAAAUUGUAACAUCAUUUUUUAUUUUGUUAACUAUUCAUGGUAUAUUAUUAAUUUCAAAAAGUCAGUUAAUUUACCGUGUGAAAAUUAAUUAAUUCUGUUGGAAAGAGUGAUGAUUAAGUACUUAAAUUUUGUUUUUUAAUUUUUAGUUGUAAUUUUUCAACUAACUACUACAUUUAAUAAUUUAUUUGAAAAUAAUAUAAAAAAUAAUAAUCGUUUGACA